GCGGGAUAGAAGCUAACGAGGGGACCAGCAUGAAAGGGGACCGGAGCAUGAAAGGACGACUACGUCUGGACCCGGUUCCUGCCCUAUCCCCACAACAAGGAGCGUUGUGAGUUCCCAAAGCAGCGCCAGGUGCCACACGCACUGUAUCUGAAAGAGAGGAAGCGUCAACACCUCUGCGUACCCCCACCAAAAUGGCUGUUCUUGGACACACACUGCCCUUCUACACUGGCCCCAAGCCAACCUUUCCAAUGGACACUACUUUGGCUGUUAUUAUCACCAUCUUCCUGACUGCACUGGUCACCUUCAUCAUCAUCCUGCCUGGCAUCCGUGGGAGGACGAGGCUGUUCUGGCUGCUACGAGUGGUGACCAGCUUAUUCAUCGGGGCUGUGAUUCUGGCUGUGAACUUCAGUUCUGAGUGGUCUGUGGGACAAGUCAACACCAACACAACAUACAAAGCCUUCAGUCCCAAGUGGGUCAUCGUGGAUGUGGGGCUGCAGAUUGGCCUUGGAGGAGUCAACAUCACCCUCACAGGGACCCCAGUGCAGCAGCUGAAUGAAACCAUCAACUACAACGAGGAGUUCACGUGGCGCCUGGGCAAGAACUAUGCAGAGGAGUACACAAAGGCCCUGGAGAAGGGCCUUCCAGACCCGGUGCUAUACCUGGCUGAGAAGUUCACCCCUCAAAGCCCAUGUGGCCUGUAUAACCAAUACCGCCUGGCAGGGCACUAUGCCUCAGCUAUGCUAUGGGUGGCAUUCCUCUUCUGGCUGCUGGCCAAUGUGAUGUUGUCUAUGCCAGUGCUGGUUUAUGGUGGCCACAUGCUGCUAGCCACUGGCCUCUUCCAGCUGUUGGCACUGCUCUUCUUCUCCGUGACCACGUCACUCAUAUCGCCCUGUCCCUUGCACUUGGGCACUGCUGUGCUGGACACUCACCACGGACCUGCUUUCUGGCUCACGUUAGGCACAGGACUGCUGUGUAUUCUGCUUGGCCUGGUCAUGGCCGUGGCCCAAAGGAUACAACCUCAUAGACUGAAGGCUUUCUUCAACCAGAGUUCAGAAGACCCCAUGCUGGAGUGGGGUUCUGAAGAAGGGGGACUCUUGAGUCCCCACUACCGGUCCAUAGCUGAGAGUCCUGAGACCCAGGAUAUCCCCAUGUCAAAGGUUUCCUCUGAGACAUGUUUUAAGGAGGAACACCUCAAAGAGUCUGACUGUUCCCUGUAAUGCUCCCCUCCUGGCAGCCACUGAGUUUACAGACUGGCUCCAGGCCUCACUGGAGCCCCCACAAAACCAGCAGAACUACCCAGGAGGUGGGUUGGGUUAUAUCACAUGCCCAGCUCCACUUUGUUGAUGUAACAGAAUAAGAGACACAACAUACUAAUGCAAAAAAAUAAAUGGCCAAAA